AUGGCCGCCAUCACUGCCGGCAGGAUAUGUUUCCCUCCGCAGUGCCUGGACUUCAGCCGCGGCUCGCUGAGCGGCGACCUGUGUGAGGAUCUGUGCGUCGGCGGCCUGGUGGAGUAUCAGCGCUGCCUUUACUACGAGAACGGGAAGAAGGUGAUGGAGGCCCGAUGGAGAGGGAACCGGGUCAUCCUCAAGUCCAAACUGGAGAACUUCUCCUCCUACGAGCCGCUGGGCCUGCUGGACUACCAGGAAGCAGGAGAGGAGCUGUCGGCGCUGGACGUGGUUUUCUACGCCACUCUGGAGGUGAGAAACUCUCUGGGUCUGGCUGAGGAAGAGGAGGAGGGAGGAGGAAGGAACGGCUCUCUGUCCGGCCUGUGGGGGCAGAACCUGAAGCUCCGAGAGAAAAGUUACUCCAGAGCCGAUCUGGGCUCCCUGUGGGCGCUGCUGCAGCAGGAGGAGUACACCUUCCUCAGAGUCCUGCAGGACCUCAGCCCCCAUGUGGCCCGGGUGUUGGGCUCCUGCGGUCAUUUCUACGCCGUGGAGUUCCUGUCGGCCGGACACACCUGGGACCAGAACCUGUUCUCCAUGGACGAGGCGUCGGCUCCCAGGGCGCCGGGUCAGGCUGCAGGUUCUGGUGGCUGGAGCUCCAGGCUGAUGGUGCAUCGGGUGGCGCUGAGCUUCAUGGACAUGGUGCAGCACUUUGACAACGACUUCACACACAGACUGCACCUGUGUGACGUCAAACCGGAGAACUUCGGCAUCAGGAAGGACCUGACGGUCGUGGCCAUCGACGUGGACAUGGCGUUCUUCGAGCCCAAGAUGAGGGACAUCCUGGAGCAGAACUGCAGCAGCGACGACGACUGUAACUUCUUUGACUGCUGGUCCAGGUGCGAGCCGGACCGACGCAGGUGCAGCCCGCACCGCAGGAACACCAACCUGCAGGUGAUUUGUGAGAAAAUAUUCCGGCCCUGGUUUUCUCCAACUCUUCUCGGCGCGAAAGCAGGACUCCCGCUUCAGGUGGAGCUGCAGCGAGCCGUGCAGGACUGCUCCGAGACCGACGGCGGCGCGGAUGAUGAGGGCGGAGCCCGCAGGGUCCAUCAGCGCCUCCUCGCUGUCCUCAGAGCCCUGCUGCAGGAGGAAGUGGCUCCUGAGGACAGGAAGUGGACAAAGGACGAAACGGAGCACGUCCACACCGCACUGAACUUCUGAGAGGAAUGAAAGAAAAACUUCCUUCAAGAUAUUCAAACAAACCUGAUCUUGGCACCAGAACCUCAUCGUGGCACCAGAACCUCAUUGUGGCACCAGAACCUCAUCGUGGCACCAGAACCUCAUCAGGCACCAAAACCUGACCAUGGCACCAGAACCUGACUGUGGCACCAGAACCUGAUCGUGGCACCAGAACCUCAUCAUGCACCAGAACCUGAUCUUGGCACCAGAACCUCAUCGUGGCACCAGAACCUCAUUGUGGCACCAGAACCUCAUCGUGGCACCAGAACCUCAUCAGGCACCACAACUGCUCAGAACUGAUGAAUAAAGCCUGGAAAAACAUUUCCAAUCUAAAUAAGAGGAUUGUGAACUUCUGGAGCUUUUUCACCAACAUGGAGGAACUUCAGUUUUAUCUGCAGAGAAAAUCCAGAUAUUUUACAAACUGUUUCAGAAACAGAUGCAGUAAAACAAAGCAGAACGGAUCCCUGUGGACCAGAACCUGACGGGUUCUGAGUUUCUCCUGGUUGUAAUGAACUUCAUGUUCUGGUUUUAUAAAUAUUAUUGUGAUUUUGAUGAGUAUUUGAACCAAACACCUCAAGUGUCUGAAAUCCGUUUUGGAUCCUCCAGGAUUGUUUCUUCUUAAAGCAGAAUUUGGUAACGUGGGUCGAUUAGGCUCCGCCCCCUCCUCUUCAUCUUCAUCAGCAAGCCGGUAACCAUGACAACAGAAGAAAAGGCAGAUCCCCCCAGCAGAGCCUGGUUAGCUCCUGUUGGGUCCUGAACUCGUUACCAGGUUCUGCUCCGACCCGUUAGUCUCAGUGAGAUUUAUUCUACUUUUCUCAUUUAAGGAGAAAAUAAAACAUGUUUAGGUUCUGCAAAACUGACUUAUUACAUAAAAUGUUUCUUUGCUUAAUAAAAUAUUUUUUGCUUAAUGAAUAGAUUUGAUGUCAAACAUUUUUCUGUUGUCCACAAAAUAUUAGCAAAGAGAAAAAUCCAAAUUUCACCAGAAUCUAAUUUAUUUCCACAUGAAUUUGAUUUUGUGUUGAUUAAAGGAUAUUUGGGUAAAACUUAUUUGAAGGGGUGUGAAUAAGACUGACAUAACACCUGUCAUAAACAUGAAGGAGUCUUUAUG